UAAGUACUCAUUAAAGGUACGGAUAAAAAGAAGUUAUCCGUGAUUAAGGCCAUAAUACUUUUAUUCAUAUUUCUUAUUAAGUAAUGCAACACAAAUCACAAUAGGUAGAAGGUUACUUAGUUAUGUGGUCGAUUUAUAAUUUAUAAAUAAAAAGAAAAUCUGUUAAAAAAUAAUUCUUUAUAAUGUUUUUAUUAUUGUGUAACAGUUGGUUGUGAACAUUAUUAAAGUUUUUAUAUAUUAGUUGAAUUGGUUCAUUGGAAACAAUGGCUCUUGGACAUUUAGAACCGCAAUAUGAACUUUUAAAUGGAAAAAAAAGAUAUGUCCAGCCAAUCGUACAUACUAUGGUAUUGAUCGGGCUAACUGUCCUUUUAGUAUUUGUCGUUAUUUUGAUGUUUUCUGUGUCCUGGAUGAAGUUUGAUGACUCUAAUAAUCAAAAUAUACCUAUAGAUCUAGUUCUCUAUGGUCCACAAAAGUAUACAAAUUCAGAAACAGCUUCUUAUCGUGCUCAUGCAUUUGCUAUUGCCUCAAAGUACAGCAAUAAAACUUCUUGGACAGCCAAGUAUAAAAUCAACCUAAAGAAUCGAAUAAACAAGGCAUAUAAUUUGGCCUGUUAUUAUUCUAUACCAACUGAUAAUACAAGUAAUACCCUUCAACCUGAUCAAAUCAAUGCUUCAUUAUGUACUCAUUUAAUAGUAGCAUUUGCUCAAGUACGAAAUAACAGCGUUUACUUCAAGAGCUCAUUAGAUACUGAUGUAUUGAGACAAGUAGUUAAGCUACGUGAAAUAAACCCAGAAUUAAAAGUAUUACUCUCUAUUGUGCAUUUUUCUAAUGGUUCACAUACAAACGAGGGGUUUUCUGAUGUUGUUGCCAGCAAAGAAAAUUUAUUCAAAUUUGUCAGUAAUGUCGAAUCAGUUGUCAGAGAAUUUUAUCUUGAUGGUAUUGAUAUUGAUUGGGAAUUUCCAUCAUGGCCUUUAUUAAAUUUAGAAGAAAAAUAUGGAUUUGCUAAGUUAUUAGAAUCCUUACGCGAUCAACUACCUGAUUCUCUUUUAACUGCAGCUGUUGCUGCUCCAUUAAAUAUCAUUGAUUACUCAUAUGAAGUUUAUGCUUUAGCUAGUUUUGUUGAUUUUAUAAACAUCAUGUCCUAUGAUUACCAUUCAUAUCAAUGGUAUUUCCCAUUAACUGGACCAAACUCACCACUGUUUUCUUCAGAAAAUGAGUCUGGCUAUUUCCGGAAUUUAAAUAUCAAUAGUUCUAUACAAUACUGGAUAUCAAAAGGUAUGCCUAAAGAAAAAAUAUUACUUGGCAUGCCCACAUAUGGACAUUCUUUUAAAUUAAUAAAUGAAGCCAAUAAUGGUUUUGGUUCACCAGCUUCUGGUUUUGGUAUUGGCAACAGUGGUUUUGUAACUUUUUCAGAAACAUGUGAUUUUAUUUCACAUAAAAAGGCUACAACUAUUUUUGAUCAUGAUACCCGUACACCAUAUACAUAUUAUGAAAAAGACUGGAUAUCUUUUGAUAAUGAAAAUAGUUUGGCUUAUAAGGCAGAAUUUGUUGCAUCUUUAGGCUUAGGAGGAGCUAUGGUAUUUUCUUUAAACUCUGAUGACUAUAGUGGUUUAAGUCUAUGUUCAUCAUCAGUAUUUCCAUUAACUUCUAGAGUAAAAUUAGUGCUAAAUGAUGAUGAUUUGUAAAUUAAAUUCUAAUUUAUUUAAAUGUAUACAAUAUCUAUAAAUGUUGGACAUUUACUAUGAUUAAAAGAAGUAUAACACAUUCCAAACUUCUAGACCAGGGCAGUGAUUCCAUUACAUUUUUUGUCUUUAGAUAACCUAUCAUAAGUAUUAAUUUAUAUAUGUAAUUGGCAGCAUAGGAUUAUUUAAUGAGAUCAUAAAGUACUAAAUUAGUUAUAUUGUAGCUAGAAAAAAAAAA